AUGCUGCUGCUCCGGUUCUGUUCCCGGUUCUGCUCCCGGGCUGUGCUGGCUCUCCUCCCCGGGCCGCUGCUCGUUGGCGGGGACGCGGUGCCGGACGAGCCCGAGGACGUGACGAUAGAAAUCCUGCACAGACCGUUCAUCUGUCACCGUAAAACCAAGUUCGGAGAUUUGCUUCUGGUGCAUCAGGAAGGAUAUUUCCAGAACGGAACCAUGUUUCACUCCAGUCGUAUCCAUGGAAACAAGCAGCCGGGAUGGUUCACGUUGGGGAUCCGGGAGGCCAUCCGAGGGUUUGACCGAGGCCUGAAGGACAUGUGUGCUGGAGAGAAGAGGAGGCUCGUCAUCCCCCCGGCGCUCGCCUACGGGAAAGAGGGCAAAGGUAAGAUUCCUCCAAACAGCACAUUGACCUUCGUCAUCGAGGUUCAGGAGAUCAGGAACGGUGUUCGCUCUCACGAGGCCUUCCAGGAGAUGGACCUGAACGACGACUGGAGGCUCUCGCGUAAAGAGGUGAAGGAACAUCUGAGGAAGGAGUUCGAGCUGAACGGACACCCCCCCAACGACACUCUGCACGAGGAGAUCACGGACAACAUCUUCAAGAAGGAGGACCAGAACAAGGACGGAUACCUGACCGCCAGAGAGUUCACCUACAGGAGGGACGAGCUGUAGGCCUAAAGAAAGAAGAAUUAGAACUCUAAACCUACAGAGAACUACAGAUGUACGCACACAAAGAAUAUAAGCCUCCAUGAUGAACACCUCCAGGGAAUGUUAAAGACAAACAUGAAUAGGUCUACAAAGAACUAUAGGCCUGUAGGACGAAUUAUAAAACACAGGGUUGCAGAGAAAAAGAAUUAAAGAGCGACCAGAAUCAAAAUGAGCACUAUGGAUGAAAUUUUGAGGGGUUUUUUCUAAAUCAAAUACAGAUUUAUAGCGAUUUGGACAAAUAUUUGGCUUUGGAAAUGAAAGAGAAAAAAAUCUGUCUUCAAUCUGUGUGGAACUGGCAAAGGUUUGGGUAAAAAAGAAAAAAAAAAUGCUGUGUUUUGUUUUUUUUCAUCUGUGAACAUGUUUUUGAGCUUCUUGAACUCAUUUGUGUUUCAUUUUAUUGUCGUUCUCAUGUAAAGAAAGCUGCAUUCUGGGUCCGGUCAAGUGGUAACGGAGGGAAACGGGCAGAUUUUUGACAUUCAAAUGUCUCUUAUUCAGAAACUAGAGGGACUAUUGAAAUAAGUAAAGUAUCAGAAUGUAGGAAAGAGUUACACUCCAACAGGAUCAAGUUAAACCUGUGAUAUUAUUUCAAGUUGUUGACAAAAAAUAAAAAAACUCAUGUUGGUAACGGAGGGAAUGAAAUAUGCAGCACUUUUUGGGCAAUAAAUCCAAACAGUGAUAACUCUUGGUUCUCACUUACAUAUCCUGAACAAACUGGUUUGAAUAUUUGCUUCAUAUAGUUUUCUACCAUAUGGUACAAGAUUAGGUUGAAAAACCUCUUACUUUUUGACUCAUGAGAUUUUUUAUUAAGAAAGGUCAUGGUAACGGAGGGAAAAUUGUUCAAGCAAGUAGAAGGUGCAGGAUUUUACAUCAUUUGUCAGUUUUUUUCUUCCAAAUACUUUAAUAUUACUUCAAAAUGAAAGGAAACUCUUUCUAUAAAAUAUGUCAGUCCAAAUUUUUAUCAUUUUAAAUACAUAAAAAAAAAAAAUCCUGUACCUUCAUCAACAGUUCAAAGAUGGAAUAAAACAAGAUAUGAUGAAAUACAUCCAUUUAUUUACAGGAUUUGCAGGUCUUUGAAAUUUGGGAAAUAAUUUUUGUUCCAUGUUUCAUACAUGGUCUGUUUAAAACGUAUGGAACUUUAGAACCAAAAAUGGUGCAGAAAAAAUAUCAGCAGUUUCAUAAACUAGAGACAUAUGUAUCUGUUCAAUACAUUUUUAUAUCAGAUGAAUUAACUUGAAUUUUUGGCCUUGUUGUUUACUUCUCCUUGACCGGGCCCUUAUGUAACUUUUCUUGUUUGUUUCUAUGGAUACGUCAUUGCUCUGCCUGGAAUGUUCCACAGUGUGACAUUAAACAGCUCUACUUUACUUUUUAUAGCUCAAAAACACCUCGAAAAACAAACAUUGUCACUGUGAGCGGGGUCGCCUCUCCACAGAUCUGACCUCUAUCUCGGUCUGGUUCGGUCUCCGUCAAGACGGAGAGGUUCAGUGCCAUACUGCGGAACAUUCCAGACAAGGAAAUAACAUCUGCAUGGAGAAAAUAACCAGAAAAUGUACAAUUUAUGGUGAGCUGCACAAAUAUUUGGCUUUGGAAAUGAAAGAAAAUAAAAGAGAAAAAGAAUCUCCGUGGAACCGGCACAGGUUUGGGUAAAAAAAAACAAACUUUUUUUUAAAAGCUAUUUUUUUGUUGUUUUAUCUGUGAACAUUUUUUGUGCCACUUGAACUCAUUUGUGUUUCAUUUUAUUGUUUUCCUCAUGUAAAGAAAGAAUUUUAAUGGUUAAUAAAGAGCGUUUUACUGUC